GUCUUCGGUUCGCAGGGCUGGAGAAAUCAACCCAAUCGCUGGUUUAGUUCUGGUUCUGGAAAGUUCCUGAACAGUUGUAGCUACGAGCAGACCACGUUCACGGUUUAAUACGUUAGUGAUUAUCAAACUGACCGAGCCGAGCAGAACCGAGCACUAAAGUGGGUCGUAUUUGGUGCUGAAAUGCCGCUUCAACAGACAAACGUGUAGAAAGUAGUCCGACCAAGAUCACUACGCGUAGCGCGCGCUGAUCGCCUAGGGUAUAUAUAGGGCUGCGUUCUUUGAGGCUCAUAAACGUGUUGCUGUUUGGAGAACCUUCUCAAAUGAUGUGGGAAAACCCGGCGUGGUUCUGUUGGCUCAUGCUUGGGCUGAUGCCUCUGGGACACUGUGCCGCUUUGACGGGUGAAGGAAAACCCGAAUUGGUGGAUGUUUUAAAUGUUAAUACACAGGGAAGACUGGUGGUGGGUAACCGUGGUGGUGAGAAGCCAGAAGCCAAAAAGGUGUGGGCUGGCAAGCUCAUCAUUGGGCUAAACGGGAGUGCUCCUGAGGACUUGCACGAUAUUCCUGAGAGUUUAAAAUCGGGCAGUGGAUCUUUCAAUGACUCUGAUUAUCAGUCUGACCAGGCUGACUGGAGUGAGCUGCAGUACCUCCAGGGAUCGGUCGACGGCUUUGGUGGUUAUAAAUCCCCAGCAGUGCGGCAGCUGCUUGGAGUGAGACCAAAGGUGGACUGUGAUGAAGAUGCUAUGCAGCUGAAAGUUAAUGGAGGAGUUUCUGACUUUCGUCUUAGUUUGCUUAUUGACCGAGGUCGUGUUCCACCACUUCCAUUAUCAAGAAUCCCUUCACAGUGUGGCAUUCAUGUACAGGCAACUUGGAGGGGCUUGGUCCUCACUGUACCAUAUGAUGGAUGUUAUGUGGCACAAGAGAGGGAUGCAUACAUUCUUCCACUACGACUGUGGGGGUUGCCAGCUAGAAUGUCUUGUCCCUUGUUGAAUCUGGCUCCAAGUCCUCCCUCUGUUGCCUGUUAUCCUAAUGGCAUGAUUGUGAAGACUCAAAACAUUGCCCCUGUUGAGGAUCUGUGGGUGAAAGUUGAGAAUGAGUGGCAGCCACUGCUGAAGGCAUCACCCAAAUGUGGCUAUAGCAUAGUGUCCCAUUCAGAUGGAGUGGUUGUUUCUGCCCCAUAUAAGCCCUGUAUGGAAGCAAAGGAUGGACUCUAUUCUCUUCACAUGUCUGCUAGAAGUGAAUUCAAACUUUUCUGUCCCUCCCUUGUGCCUAGUUUAUCCUUAAAUCUGUCCAGCCUAGUUUCCUCAGAUCAAAGUGGCAGUGCCGACACCAGUUCCCCUACCAUGGGAACAUCAAUCGAUGACAGUCGAGUACCUUCUAAACAUCCAACAAUUUUGCCAUGGUUUGGUCGUCCUUACCCACAUCAAACACGUCAUUCUUUAACACCUGGUCCUGCUCCCAAACAACCAGGUGUACCAUACAAAUUUGGUCAGAGAGAUCCACAGCUGACAGAUAUCCCAGUCUCACCUUCCACACCCCAGGAAGCUCAGCAAAUGCAUCAUUCACAGUUCCCCAAUACAUGGUACCCUGUUAAUCUUCAUGAGCCUCUAACACCUGCACCCUUUGGUGAACCUCCUGCUCCACCAGCUUUCCCACAGAAACCCAAACCUCUGCCUGCAACCCAUACCUCCACCUCAAAACCUACGCCUUCAACUCCAUCCAAACAGUUAGAUGACCUUGUUGGGUCCUCUCCUAAAAUACCAAAGCAACCUACUUGGCCACCACCUGAGGCUGUUCCAAUGUCUGUGUCUCCUUAUCCUGUUGAACGUCCUGGAUACGCUUUUGCCCAAGGACCUUGGUGGCCUCAUCAGCCCCAAUACCCAGACAGGCGUCCUCUGUCCUCCCCAGCAGAAUCAGUUGAGAGCUCUAGUGUCUUGAAGCAGACAGGUUUAUACCAAGUGCGUCAACAAAUACUGCCUGGGUCUUUUUAUCUGCCCAAGUACCCGCAGAGGCCUGCUGUCUUCCCUACAGCUGUCCCUCCUGAGUCAUUUGAGAUGUCCAGCAUCUUUGGGGCAACAGAUUCUCGUCAGGCUGCACCACAAAUGCGUCCUGGAUCUGUUGGCCAGGGACCUUGGUGGCGUUAUCCAUCUCAACCUGCACAGAGCCCUGCUCUUGUCCCUACAGCUGCCCCGCCUGAGUCAUUUGAGAUGUCCAGCAUCUUUGGGGCAACAGAUUCUCAUCAGGCUGCGCCACAAAUGCGUCCUGGAUCUGUUGGCCAGGGACCUUGGUGGCGUUAUCCAUCUCAACCUGCACAGAGCCCUGCUCUUGUCCCUACAGCUGCCCCGCCUGAGUCAUUUGAGAUGUCCAGCAUCUUUGGGGCAACAGAUUCUCAUCAGGCUGCGCCACAAAUGCGUCCUGGAUCUGUUGGCCAGGGACCUUGGUGGCGUUAUCCAUCUCAACCUGCACAGAGCCCUGCUCUUGUCCCUACAGCUGCCCCGCCUGAGUCAUUUGAGAUGUCCAGCAUCUUUGGGGCAACAGAUUCUCAUCAGGCUGCGCCACAAAUGCAUCCUGGAUCUGUUGGCCAGGGACCUUGGUGGCGUUAUCCAUCUCAACCUGCACAGAGCCCUGCUCUUGUCCCUACAGCUGCCCUGCCUGAGUCAUUUGAGAUGUCCAGCAUCUUGGGGGCAACAGAUUCUCAUCAGACCACUUCACAAAUACUACCUGGAUCUGAUUUUGGCCAGGGACCUCAGUGGCUUUAUCCACCUCAACACCCACAGAGGCCUGCUGUCUUCCCUACAGCUGUCCCUCCUGGGUCAUUUGAUGUGUCUAGAAUCAUGGGGGCAACAGAUUCUCAUCAGGCUGCUCCACAAAUGCAUCCUGGAUUUGUUUUUGGCCAGGGGCCUGCUCUUUUACCCACAGCUACACCUUCUAAACCACUUGAAGCCUCUAGUGUCUUGGGGGAAGCAGACUCUCCUUACCAAGCUGUUCCACAUAUGCCAAAGCCACUUGGGUACUCAGGAUGCUGCCCAUCACCAGCAUUGUACUCAAGCUGUUGCCCUCCUUCGUUAUCCUACCAUCAGCACAAUCACCUGCAUUUUGGCUUGGCUUACCCUGCAUUUCAGUCUGCUGCUACGCUCUGGUCAACCAAAAAUGUGACCUCAAGAGCUUCGUCCCACUCUAGACACAGUGGUUCAGCUCCACAGCCUGUCACUUCACAGGCCACAGGUGAUUAUGGAAGGCAUUCUGGAGCAUUGCUAUUACGAGAGGAUAUGCAGCAGAGAGGUAGAAAUCCUUCAGAGAGCCUGUUCUCAUCCUCACAUCCACAUGACUGGCCUGUGAAACCUACUGCGAGACCUCAGACAGUGCCAAACUCUGCUGUCCUGUCAACUAAAUGUCCCCAGUCUGGUCUAGAGCCACCAUUAUUUAGCUCUUUACACAAACCGCUGAGAGUUGGAGCACCUGCCUAUGGUCUGAGUAGUGACCAUAAACCAAAACCUGCUUCUCCCACUAACAUAGGUGAAAACGGUCUUCAACAAAGUGCUAGACUAGCCCCCAACAGAAUGCAUCCUCCACCUGUCCCAAGUUCAGGGCAAACAAAUGCAGAGUCCAUGUUCCCAUCUCAUGAACAUUCUUCUCAGCUGAAUUAUAGUGACCUAGUUGAUUCCCUUUCAAAACGUUUCCAUGAUAAAUCUCCAAGGUACUUCUCACAAGGUAAAGUCCCUUCCGCAGUAGCAGUACCCCAGAGUUUUGCCACCAAGCCUGAACCACAAAUGCAGGACCCCAUAUUGCCUAAACUGAAACCAAGUUUUUCCCAGCAAAUGCCUGACUCUGAGCCUCCAAUACAUCUGAGUGCACAUUCUCAUGAGCAGGUUCCCAGUGUUCCUGGUGGGCUUCCAAAUAUUCCAUCUUAUGACCAUGCAACUGAAGACUCCUACAUACUUCACUUGCAAGCAGUCAAGAGACUUUUUAGCAAACAAUGGAUUUCUGUUGUCCCACCUAAGCAAGCUGAGCAAACAAAGGUCUUUGACCCCCUUGGUGGACUACCACCCCCCAGCUACCAACCACAUGGUCCUGUUUGAAGUCCUCUGUUUGGUCAAGCAGAUGAUUGGAUCAGCAUUCUUGCAAUAAAUAAAUAAACCUCA